AUGUGUGUGGGGUUGUAUGUGUUUACCUGGGGCCCUUGUUUCCCCACCAUUCCCCCUCUGACCCGGUUCCCUCCUACCCUAUCCCCCCGGCCCUCCACACCCCCGCCCCGCCAAAAAACCGCUGCCCAGGUGGCCCUUUGUACCCUUGGAGUGGUGAUCUGCUAUGCGGACAGAUCCAACAUCUCGACUGCCGUACUGCCCAUGGCGCAGCAGUUUGGUUGGGAUAAGGCCUACCAGGGGGUUGUGCUCUCGGUGUUUUUUGGGGGAUACGCCACCACGCAAAUCCUUGGGGGAAAGCUGGCGGACCAGUACGGCGGGAAGAUGGUGCUGGCGGCCGGAGUCGCACUGUGGUCCCUGUUCACGUACGCCACUCCGGCUGCUGCGGCUGCGGGCACCCUGCCGCUGCUGGUCGCCCGGGUGAUGCUGGGGGUGGGGGAGGGAGUGGCGUUCCCGUCCAUACACUCACUCAUAGCUCGUAACGUGCCAGUCCGAAGCCAGACGACAGCGGUGGGCAUUGUUACGGCAGCGUCGUACGCCGGUACGGCACUCGCCUUUGGCAUCAGCCCGCUCAUCAUCAGCAAAUUUGGUUGGGAGUGGGUCUUUUACGCCUUCGCCGGGCUGGCGCUGCUCUGGCUGCCCCUUUGGCUGCCGGUCAAAACACUGGACAAGUUCAAGAAGCCGGAGACGGCGCUGCAGGCCGCCGACACGUCAGCGGCGGUGGGGGCGGCCGCUGGCGGCAGUGCGAGCACGAGCCACGGCACGAGCAGUAGCAGUAGCAGUAGCAACCCUUGGGCGUUGCUGCGACGGCGGGAGGUUUGGGCCAUCUGUGCGGCGCAGUACACUCAGAGCUGGGGCAUGUACGGCCUUCUCAACUGGCUUCCCACGUUCUUUUCAGAGUUUUAUCACGUACAGCUUGCGGAUCUGGGGUCGUACACGCUAUUGCCGUACGUAUUCCAGGGAGGGCUUGGCGCCGCUACGGGGUUCCUGGCGGACUAUUUGAUCCGCUCUGGGUGGCAAGUGGGCACUGUACGGAAGAUUUUGCAGGUCGCCGGUAUGCUGGGCCCCGCCGCGUGUCUGUGUCUGGCCGUGUCCCCCGUUGUGGGCGCCUCCGCCUCCCUGGCCUCGGCGCUCAUCACUGUGGGACUGGGCUUCUCAGCUCUGACGCUGGGGGGCGUGUCGGCCUCGCAUCUGGAUGUGGCGCCGCGGAAUGCGGGGCUGGUGUUUGGGGCGGGGAAUACGGCAGCCACGUUGGCAGGACUGGUUUCGGUGCCGGUUACUGGAUAUGUGCUACAGACGACGGGCUCCUGGCCGCUGGUGUUCGGCAUCACCGCCUUACACUACGUGGCGGGUGCAGUCGCUUGGACGAUAUGGUCGGGAGAUAAGCCCCUGCCCGAAGAUGGGGGAGGGGCCACGGCAGUAGCAGUAGCACCAGCAGGAGGGGGUGGGGGCAACGCUUGA